GUUUCGUUCGUGCCUGGGGCUCUGUUUUAUAUAUUUCUCCCGUGUUCAUCUCGGUCCGAGCGGCUGCAAUGCACGCAGCAUUAAGCAUUAGUCGGUUAGUUUACCCAUCCUUUCAUGUUAGCUAAAACGCUUUCUAGCAGCAUCCACUAAACAGUCAGCAUACACAAUUAGCCAUCCUUGCCUGUUGUUUUGUGUCUGGCCUGGGAAGAAAUGGUUAGUCAGUGUAAUGGCUUUAGAUAACCGCCUUCAGCACGUCACAUUUUUAAACAUAACCUCUAACCUUUUGGUGGCCCUGCCUCCAUAGAGUCCCUGCUCCUGAUCUCAGAUCACAGUUCACCUGGGAAUAAGGCAGGCUGUACACUGUAUGCUGGAGAUUUCUGCUGCUAGCCCUCCGGAUGUCCAAGUACAAACUCUUUCUGCUGAGGCAUGGAGAGGGGGCCUGGAACAAAGAGAACCGUUUCUGCAGCUGGGUCGACCAGAAGCUCAGCGAAGAUGGCGUGAAGGAGGCCCAGGACUGCGGCCGGCUCCUGAAGGAGCAAGGCUACAAGUUUGACUUGGUGUUCACCUCCAUACUCAGCCGCUCCAUCCAGACCGCAUGGCUGGUGCUGGAGGCCAUGGGUCAGGAGUGGGUCCCUGUUGUCAAGUCAUGGAGGCUCAACGAACGGCACUAUGGUUCCCUGAUUGGACUCAACCGGGCAGAGAUGGCUUUACAGCACGGAGAGGAAAAGGUGAAAUUGUGGAGAAGGAGCUAUGACAUCACUCCACCCCCGAUCGAAGAAUCCCACCCGUACUUCCUGGAAAUCUACAGUGACCGCAGAUAUGCGACUUGUGACAUACCAAAGGAGAGUCUUCCCCGAGCUGAGAGUCUGAAGGAGGUGCUGGACAGGCUGUUGCCUUACUGGGACAGCACUGUUGUCCCAGAGAUAAAGAAAGGCAGGACUGUGCUUAUUUCUGCUCAUGGAAACAGCUGCAGGGCCCUGCUGAAACACCUGGAAGGUAUAUCAGAUAAUGAUAUCGCCAACGUGACUUUGCCUACAGGCGUGCCUGUGCUGCUGGAGCUCGAUGAAAACCUCAAGCCUGUGAAACCUCGAAAGCUGUUGGGAGACCAGGCAAAGAUUGAGGCAGCCAUUAAAAAGGUGGAGGACCAGGGAAAAGCUAAGCCGUCAACUUGAAUGCACUGAAAAAGACUGGACGACUUAGCAGACAGUAGCCCUGUUCUCGUUGCCUGUGUGCACUUUUUAUGAGAUAGGGUGGAAGCCAAACCUUUUAACAGGCUCGAAUAAGUCAUUAAAUAACACCAGACAAUAACAAUAACAGAAGGUUAGAUUUAAGGGAUGGAUCUAAGUCUUACAGGGAAGUUACUUUAAUGUGUCAUUGUAGGCCUGACUUGGGAUGUGUGUGGUGCAGGUCAGAUUGGUUCCUCUGGGCCAGGAUAAAGUUAUUGGAUAAAUCAGCACUGUUUUGUCGUACCUGUUUUGUCUACGCAAUGAGGAAGCAUUUGUUCUAUAUCUGUCCCUAUUGUGUGCUUGUAUGGUGACUCUAAAGUGGUUAUUAAUUUAUUUACCUACUUAGAUACAGGUUUAAUCGUGUAAGGAAGCUGAGACAUAUGUUUCUGUUACAUUUCGCUUUUUUUUGCAUUUUAUACACGUGCCUUUGGUAUUAAUUCAGCUACUUUUAAAGAGCUCAGUAUCAAACUGUUGUUUUAUUUAACAAUGCAGGCACUCAGUCGACAAGUCUAACCUCAUAAAAAAUGAUAGCCAGGCUGUUCCCUCUUGAAUGGGGUCAUUAUGAGCCACAGAAAUGCUGCAAAUACGAGUUAGUCAUGUUUUAAAAGGACCACUCAGUAAGAAGGGAAGGGCAGCUGAAUCUGUUUAUCUGCUUGGCUUACACAGUGCAUUAACACAGAAAAAAGAAUAAGUUGAAUUAAAAACACUGGAUACGUUGGUAAAAUAACUGCUUCAUGCUUUGCACUUUUUAGAGGGUAUCCAUAGGGAAUUAUGAAAAAUAUAACACCCUUGUUAAUUAACUGCAACAACUGUGAAUGGUAGAUAUCGAUAUUUUAUACAAAUAGCAUUUAAUUGUCGAAUACAAGCACGAUUUUGUUGUUCAGUUUUAGAUCUAAUUUAUUGUCGCACAUGUGACAUUUGUUGUUGUUUAUUUAAUGUUAAUAACAUGGGGAAAGUGUUACAGACUGUGCGCACAUUAUUUUGUAUGGCACCUUAUUUGUAAGUGUAUGUUUUUACUUUUUGUGGCUACUUUGUUGUAUUGUGUCUCUGGUGUGUACAUUGUUUGUGCCCCCCGUUUUGUCUGUUUUGUCACAGUACUUCUGUACACUGGUCAACAGGAGUGAGCUGGAGUAGUAACAGCUGUUACUAAAGGGUAGAAAGCACUGAUAGGUUUGAAGUUUUGUAAUGUAAUGUUUUUCCUGUUGUUCUCACCAUAACAUUUGAGAGUUUGUAUUAUCAAAAUAAAUGCAAAUUCAAAGUGUC